AUAUAUUAUAAUUAAAAGUAUAUUAAUAUAAUAUUUUAAGUUAUUAGAAUAUGGAUGUUAUUGAAUGGUUAAAAUGUAAAAUUUAUCACUAAAAAAAAGUCAUUACAUAGGUAUUAGCAAUAGAUUAGCAACAGUUUAUGGUAGUUUUAGAGAUGGAUUUUAAAUUUUAAAUUUUCAAUCAUCCGACACAUUAAAGUACUCCAAUAACUAUUAACGGUACUCACACCAACCCCAUAUAUCUCCGCCACUAACUAAAAUUGCCAAUUUUUUUAUUUUAAAAUAUUUUUGAUUCAUAAGAUUUGUUUUCAUUAAUAAAAACUCGGCAUUCAAGAUAAAAGGAACUAGGUUUUAUGUCAAAUUUGGUUUGUUAAAAUCCUGUAAAAACGAACCUUGUUUUUUUAUAAAUAAAUAAUAAAAAUUUCCCCAAAACAGAAACGCUUUUCCGCAAUAUUUUUUAACGAGAAUUUCCUAAAAAAUGCACGUGUUGGCUUUUAAAGAAGUUUACUGUAAAAUGAAUAACGUGGCUCCUUCUGAAGGCCCCGAAUCUAUUGUAAAGGAACCCACCACUUGGGGCUCUGCUCUUGACGAGAGGCGGAUUGGAGAACCCGGAUUCAGAUCGAAGGAACGUGAUCGAACACGAUUGAGCAAUUUCGAUUUCGAUCAAUCCGGUCGAAGAGAACUCAGGAGCUCGAUCUGAUGCGUUGGCAACGGAGAAUGCAGACCAGGGAGCUCGGCACGAAGGAAUCGGAUUGAAGCAGGCAUUUCAACAACCUGAUCAGCUCGCGAAUCGAACAGGAGAGGCAGGUGUCACGCUCGGAAAUGGGGGGGCGGGCGGAGCAGAGCCGGAGGCGGCCAUUGUUCUUGGCCCUCCUUGUCUCGCUGGGGCUUCUGAUCUCCGACGCCUUUCUCCUUUCCUCCGCCCUGACCGUCACACUGAACGACGUCGAGUGCAUCUCCGAAUACGUGAUCUCCGAGGGCGACAUCAUGUCCGGCAGCUUCGUCGUCGAUGAUCACGACGCUUUCUGGAGAUACGACCAAACCGGCAUCGAUUUCUCGGUGAUCUCGCCGUCAGGAAACGUAGUUUACUCCCUUGAUGAGGCAUCUACUGGCCAGUUCAGAUUCAAGGCUCCAGCGAGUGGAAUGUACAAGAUUUGCUUCCACAAUCCUUCUUCAACUUACGAGACCGUCACGUUUUACAUACACACAGGCCACAUCCCUAAUGAGCAAGACCCAAUUGUGAAAGAUGAGCAUUUAAAUCCAUUAAAUGUGAAGAUUGCUGAGCUGAGGGAAGCACUGGAGUCUGUCACAGCAGAACAGAAGUACUUGAAAGCACGAGAAGAACGCCAUUGGCACACAAACACCAGUACCAGGAGGCGACUAUACUCAUACACUGUCGUCGAAUACAUGGCAUUGCUGGUCACUAGCAUAUUUCAAGUCGUUUGCAUCCGUCAAUUCUUCAGCCAGACAGUUGCAUAUAACAGAAUCUAGUGACAGAUUCAGAGGUUGCUUCAGAAGUUCGUGGUUUACAAAUGUGGCAGAGUUUCAAUGGAAGCAAGAAGCCCUAAUAAUAAGAAUGAACGAAAAAUCUGCUGCAAGAAAUUAAGGAUCAAGCAGCGGUUCAGUUUCUAAUUCUGAAUUUUGGAUUACAAUUUCUAUCAGCUUCUUUUAUUCACUUGGUGUGCUUGAAGUAAGAGUUAAGAUUCAGGAAAUUGCACUAUUCUGAGUUCGGGCUUUUUCUGAAUUACAAGUUGUUGAUAUCUUGUUACGUGAUUGGUGGUUGGUUGUUCCUAACUCCAAUGUCUGCAAGAGAUGAGGAAGUAUACAGAAACUGAUGCUUUGCUUUUUCUGUUAAAUGAUCUACCCCCAACUCCUUGAGACAGUUUUGGUCAGUUGGAUUUAAUAAAAAGGAUCCGAUUAAUGAGUGAGCUU